GGUGGAGGCUGGCCCGGCUAGACCUGCCGUGGGCGAGCGGUCCACACAAAAGUUCCCUCGCUCGUCUACCUGGGCACUGCACCACCGCCGCCAUGUUUGAGAACGUGUGCGCCAUCCCGCUCGACUACGACGUCUUCGCGCAGGCGAUCCACCCGCGCGAGCCGAUUGUCGCGGUCGGGCUUGCGUCGGGCCAUGUGCAGACGUUCCGGCUGCCCGGCGGCGACGACAGCGACAGCGGCGCGUUGGAGAGCGGCUUCGGGCACAUUGACACGGUGUGGAAGACGCGGCGGCACAAGGGCAGCUGCCGCACGCUGGGCUUCAGCGUCGACGGGCUGCAGCUGUACUCGGCCGGCACCGACGCCAUCGUCAAGGCGGCCGACGCGACGACGGGCCAGGUCGCCGCCAAAAUCGCCGUCCCCCUCGACGCCGCCGCCGGCGGCAUCGACGCGCCCACGCUGGUGCACGCCCUCUCGCCGCAGACCCUGAUCCUCGCCACCGACUCGUCCGCGCUGCACCUCUACGACCUGCGCGCCCUCGGCCCUGGCCCCGCGCCGCGCCCGCAGGCGACGCACCGCCCGCACGACGACUACAUCUCAUCGCUGACCCCGCUGCCGCCGUCCGAGGCCAGCACCAGCGGCUUCAGCAAGCAGUGGGUCACCACGGGCGGCAGCACCCUGGCCGUGACCGACCUGCGCCGCGGCGUCAUGGUGCGCUCCGAGGACCAGGAGGAGGAGCUGCUGAGCUCCGUCAUCGUGUCCGGCCUGUCCAAGAAGGGCUCCAACGUCGGCGAGAAGGUGCUGGUCGGCAGUGGCAACGGCGUGCUCACCCUGUGGGAGCGCGGCGUGUGGGACGACCAGGACGAGCGCAUCACCGUCGACCGCUCCAAGGGCGGCGGCGAGAGCCUCGACGCCCUGGCCCUGCUGCCCGCCGGCGUGGGGCCGGGCGGCAAGAUUGUCGCCGUGGGCCUGGGCAACGGCGACUUGCGCUUCGUCAAGAUCGGCCAGAACAGAGUCGUCGCCGAGCUGAAGCACGACGAGCUGGCCCAGGAGGGCGUGAUUGGCCUGGGCUUCGACGUCACGGGCCGCAUGAUCAGCGGCGGAGGGCGCACUGUCAAGGUCUGGGGUGAGAAGGGCGCCAUGGGCCGUGCAGACGAGCAGGACGAUGACGACGAAGACGAAGACGCAGACGAAGACGAGCCUCUCGCCGAGGCAGCCGCAAAGCGAGACCACGAGACCGAUUCGGAUGCCGGCAGCGACGACGCCGACUCCAGCAGCGACGAGGAGCAGCAGAGCAGGCGCAAGAAGCGCAAGCGCAACAAAGGCAGGCAGCAGAAGGGUCACGGCAUCCUGAAGUUCACGGGUCUGGAUUGAGAUGAAACGCUGCACGAUCCAUAGACCUCGGCAGCGUUUUGCAGACUUUGAAAGCGUAUGUAUUGCAGAGUAUUGGCGUCCACACGCAGUAUAGGCGCAAUCUCGCACACCUAAAACAUAGAUAACGAUACCCACUCCCUACCAUGAUUUCUCUCGAAUUCCGUCGAUCGCUGCCCUUGCCACUGCUUGCCGAACCCGUACAUGGCGCGCUGAUGCGGGGACCAUGUCA